AUGGUUGAGCGUGAAACAAAAGAUAGUUGGACAUGGUUUCUUCGCCUCUUAGAUGAAGACAUUGGUAUUGGCAAUGAUCCACAUAGUUGGGCAUUUAUGUCAGAUAAGCAAAAAGGUUUGAUUCCUGCACUUGAAUCAUUGUUUCCUGAUGUUGAACAUAGAUUUUGUGUGAGACAUUUAGAGAGCAAUAUGAAACGUGAUGGAUUCAAGAGUGUAGCGGUUAAGAUGGCCUUUUGGGCUGCGGCAAAGGCAACAAGAAUUGAAGAGUUUCAAGUGCACAUGGCUGAGUUAAAAGACAUUGAUGCAAAAGCAUAUGGAUGGUUGGUGAACAAACCUGAAAAUUUCAAAAAAAAUAGAGAGAGGGCUGAGAAAUGGAAAGGUCGAAUCUGUUCAAAGAUCAGAGAUGUGCUAGAAAAGAUCUAUGUGGAGGCUAUUAGGUAUUCCCCCAUGAAAUCAGAUGAAAUGCACUACCAGAUAACGAGGUCAAAUGAUAGACGUGAUCAACAUUCGGUUGAUCUGUUGAGCAGGUCUUGUAGUUGUAGGAAAUAUGAUUUGACAGGCAUUCCUUGCAAGCACGUUGUAUGCGCCAUUUGGUGCAAAAAAGAUGAUCCAGAGGAAUAUGUCCAUCCUUAUUACUUGGUAGAAACAUAUAAAAGAUGUUAUGCAGCACGAAUAAUGCCUAUCAAUGGACCAGACUUGUGGCCUCAAUGUGAUUUGACGCCCCCACUACCCCCAGUAUACAAAGAAAAAGUUGGAAGACGUGCAAAAUUGCGAAGAAGGGAACCAGAUGAACACCCCCUUCUGAAAAUAAGUUGA